GAGAAAUAUAAGAUACGAAUUGAUUGCAUAUACCGACUUCGUGGGCUUCAUAUUCAUUCCAUCAGCCUACUUCUUAUAUAUUUACCACUGUGUCAUCUAUUGUACAUGAAGAUAGCAGUCGAAUUAUAUUCAUAUAACUUUCGAUCAUAUCGGUUCCUCUCUCAAUACAAUUUAAGAUCUAUUCAUCUCUUUGCUGAUAGCCUCCUACUCUAUCUUCCCUCCCACUAUCGAAGACGCAAACGAAGAAGCCGCAGACAAUCCAACUACCCAUAACAUUGUUGACAUUCCAGCAUUCCCUGCACACACAAUUACCUGCCAUCAAAAUGACAAACAUAGUGGAAAUGUACCGACCACUCUUCGGUUCUAAGAAGAAAAAGAAUCAAGAACUCAGAUUGGACACCGACAUGGUUCACUCAACGUCUACGAAUCCGAUUACACCGCCAUCCUCUGGCACUCUCUCGAAUUCUCCCACGUCAAUUACAAAUAUUCAUACAACAAGAGUUAAUGCCAACACGAUUACGCCGCCUGAAUCGCCGGUGUCGCCGCUAGGAGGGCUACUGAAUAAUGAUGGGAAUGGAAAUGGAAAUCCGAGUUGACAAAGAAUGAAUAGCAUGAAUCCUAUGGGAGGAUAUCGGCGGACCACUCAGUCAGACAUAAGAGAGAUGGUGGAGGGUGCAGACAUUCAAAGCCCGGCUUCAGCCGAGUUUACGGAGCACGUGAGUGAGGUUGUUGAAGAUGAGGAGAUUGGUGGGGCAGAGAAAUGUGCAGAAAACGUUCGUCCUUUCAAAGUUGGAAGGAAAGCGAGCUUUUGGAGGUUCAAGGGCAAAGGAGACGAAAGGGAAACGGAUGAAGUGACGCCUCCAGUAAGUGGAGGACUGAUUGAUGGUUCUAACUCUCGUGCGCCUGAUGAAGCAAUUGGCGUUAAAAUUGGACCUAGUGGUGGAUUCCCAUGGUUUAAACGGAAGGGAAGUGAAAGGGGGCAGGAAAAAGAUAAGGCAAAGACAAAACAAAAGGAAGAGAGCGAAGAAAUUGAUAAAAUGUCACCGACUACGCCUGUUUUUUUCAAUUCACCUUCCUGGAGUUCAGAAUCGACGAGUAAUGGAAAGUGGAAGGCCAAAGAAAAUGAGAAUGAGGAACAGAGGAGAAAUAAGAGUGAAGGCGAGGUUGGACUUUCAAAGGAGGUAAGAGAAGGGGGGAAGGAAGAGAAAAAGGGAAAGGGCAGACGGUGGACACUGCCUUGGUAUGGAAGAAAGAGUGUUAUAGAAGCGCAGGAAAAGGAGAGUCAAUCAGAACAGUUGGAGAGAGAACGAGAAGAACGGAAUAUCGCUAACAGGACAAAAUACCCCGACGGUGUUCUUGAUUGUUGUAAAGACGAAUUCAAUGAUCAAGGACAACGCGCCGAAGAUCAAAUGAAUGGAUUUAUGUUAGCUGCUAAGAAUCUCGAAGCCGAAGCCAAGGCCAGGGAUCAAACUGUCACUGCUCGAAUAAAACGUCAGAAUACGGCACCACCAACAAUAAAGACGCGUUCUUCUUCACGCUUGACCCAUUGAAUUAUUCUGUUGGCACCUUGAGCCAAACCUGCGCGUGAAGCGUUGGGACC